AUGGCGGUGCCGUCGUGGGUUAGUCACUUUGACAAUUUCAAUCGGCCAAAUGCUAAUGGAAAUAGCAGUGGUCUAAGGCCAUUGACUAAUGAUGGAACAAAACUACAUCGUUCUCAGUCUUUGAUACCAGACAGUUCCUGGUACGACCACAGAAACCAGUCGUUGAAAUUCCAACCAGUUCGAUGGCAUUCUAACUACCAGAAUAAUAAUGACAGUUCUGUAUCUUUACCACGAAAGCUUUCUUCUCCUGGAAAUGGGUUGCAUACGAUUCCUGAGGAUAGCUGGAAUGACAAUGAGCAGUAUUCAAAUAGACUAAAAUAUAUUAAAAGUGUAAAUGACUUAACUGAACAACGUGAGAGGCGACAGGUUUUUAUGUCACCUAACUAUGGUUCCCAUGAGCAUCUUCUCGCCUCUUCAGAAAGGGUAGACUCAGAAAAACAAGCAAGACGUCCACAAAGAGGGAUUAAUCCACCUUCUAGAACACGAUCAGAGCCAGAUUUAGUGGAUGCGGUUCAUCCCAAACCUCCGACCAAACGCAAGACAAGUGCAAGCCCUUUUCUUACUCCUGAAGUGAAUUCUGACACUCUUAGCGAGAAAAGUGAAGGACGCCGCAGUAGUCGCAGUGCUGUAAGUGUUGCGUCUACGAAUAAAUCGGAGUUUAGCAAAAAUAUAAACAAUUCAAGAAGACAAAGUCUUUCACCAAGUUACAGAGAGAGUGUUCGACGUGGUAGUGAAACAAACAGUAUAGUCAAACAACCUAUACAUAAAUAUCCAUCAUCCCCUACUAGCGAUUCAAGUCCCUUUGCUAAAAUUGAGAUCCCUGUUGAACUGUUAGAAACACCCUCUAGACGAUUAAAGAAAAUCCUUGGACCAGUGAUAAUGUGUGUUUUGGCUAUAACAUUAGCUGGAAGUCUUGGAAUAGCAGUUUAUUUUGCAACUGUGUUAAAAGAAACCCAAGACAAACAAAUAGACUUCCUACAUGCACAUCUAGAAAUGUCUAUUAGAAACCAAAAUAUUAACUCAUUGUCAUCAGUUCAACGAGAGAUGAUUGCAGUGACUUAUUGUAAAACGAUGGAUAAAUUUUAUAUUGGAAGUGAGUUGAGAACAGUCUAUCGAGGUUGUGAAGUGAUAUCUUUGCGGAAUGAUAAGAUCAAUUUCACACUGUUCUUCACUGAUGAUCGGUAUACACCAGGAGAAGUAAUCAUAAAAGUUAUACAAGAUAAAGCUCCCGCUACCAAUGUGCCUGGUACAGCUUCACGUCUAGUCAUGGUUGAUCAAUUGACUGUGGAUUUAGCUACCACUAAAAUCAAAUUAGAGACUAAAAAGGAAUCGGAAAAUUUCAAUAAAAUCAUAUUUGAUGAUCCUGGGAUAACUACCCCUAUACCUCGGAGACAAGAAGAUGUUACGACUAGUCCGACAACAUUUAGGACUACAUCUACUACUACUGUUGUUUCAACAACCAGUCAACCGACGACAACUAGUGCAGAAGCAACGACUUCCAAGUCGAUAGCGACAACGGCUUCAACAAAUAUAACAACUUCUCUUACAUCUACAAUUACAUCCUCCAGUACAACUUCUGCAUCAAACGCAGAUCGUAAAACUAUAAAGUUAGAAAGUGAACAUUUUUCUGAUUCUGUUUUGUAUCUUACAACGUCUAAACCCAUUCGUACAAAUAUUGUAUCGACUGAAGAACCCAAUCCAUGCCAUGGUAAGAAUGGCAGAGGCUAUUAUCCACAUCCGACAGAAUGUAACUUGUAUUAUGAAUGUCAGAAUAACAAGUCUGUGUUGUUAUAUUGUGGUGAAAUGGUAUUUGAUUUUACUAGAAAUGUAUGUGUGGUCAAAACUCCCGAGUUUGAUUGUCCUAAUAACACCAUCUUCAAGGCAUCUUCAAUACCACCAGAUGUUAUAAAUGAAGUAGACAAGAACCGAACUGCAGCGCCAGUUUACGAAUGGGAUCCAUGUAGUAAUCACGAGGGUAAUUAUUUCCCCCACCCUGUUGAGUGUAACCUGUUUUUCCAAUGUGCUCACGGUAAAUCUGUUUUGACACUGUGUCAAUCGGGACUUCUGUAUGACUGGGAAGCUAAGGUGUGCACCAAGAAAUCACCAGAUGUGGUUUGUCCUGAUCCGUCAAAAGCACCACCCAGACCAGAUAAUAUUGAAAGUAUAUCACCAACCCAAAAUUCAAUGUAUUCUAAUACAGUUCCUUACCCAACAAGACCAGCAUAUGAUAGAGAACCAUGUAAAACAGAUACCACUGAUGGUCACUUAUUCCCUCAUCCAGAUGAUUGUACCAAAUACAUCUUUUGUGACCAAGAUGUUGGUAAAGAGAUGCUUUGUUCUGGAGGACUAGUGUUUGAUCCUAAUAUAAACGCUUGUCGUAAAUCAUCUUCAGAACUACCUUGUCCAGAUUUCAGACCCUGUAAAGGUAUCAAUGGAGGGUAUUUCCCUCAUCCGACAGAUUGUUCCAAAUUCAUCAUCUGUGAGGCCGAAAGGGAAAUUGUUCAAACAUGUUUACAUAAUCUGGUAUGGGACUACCAACAACAAAGCUGUGUUAGGAAAACUGAUGCGAUUGUAUGUCCGUGAUAAGCAUGUAAUGAUGUUUUAAUUACUGAAUCGCUUUUCCUGUUUUGAAAGCAAUGAUACAGAAAUCUGUCAACGAAUUGGAACAAUGAAGCGAUGUAAGCAGCUGGGCUGACGCAUUUGUUCACAUUAGAUAAAGGAUAUAUAAAUUUAUCACAGUUCUUUUCUAACACCGAUAAUGUUAGCUACGGACAGUUUAUAAAGACUUGUAUGUACAUGCAUGUUCCUGCAUCUGGUACCGGUGAAUAAAUUUGUGCUUUUUUACUGUGGUAUUGCUCUAUGACUGGGUUGUAACUCGCGUACAUUGGCAGGCAAUUGUCGUUAUUUUUUAGGGUGGAUAUUUAAUUGUUUAUUUAAUUCUGUAUUAAAGUGCUUAUAUUAUCUGUUUGAGCUGUAAAUAAUGUUGAG